UUUUGAGCCAUCUUCAGCGCAAAUACAUCCAAAAGUGUUAAAAUUGAUAAAUUAAUUGAUAGGGUAAAAUGGGGUGUUGUGUGCCAUGGAGUGUCGUGUGCCACUCAGUUUACCGCCAUGUCGGAUUAGUAGGACGUCAUCUACGUAAUGUCAGGUUAGUUUCUAGACCUACUCUCACUUUUCAUGAGUAUCCGACGCUUAUGCACGCGUCCCAUAAGAUUUACGAAUUGUUCUCGUUUCGUUGUGUCCGAAAAAUUUUCUAAACGAUUUUUCUUCACGCAAUUUUGUAGGCAAGUGAAGCGACAGAUUUUCACCGCAGAACAAGAGCAUGAGCUUAUGAAAUAUCUCCUCAAGAUUACCAAUCUUUAUUACGGAUUGAGCAUCGAAUUGAAAAUUUUCGCUUAUCAAUACGCGAAAAAGAUUGGCAUUGUAUAUCAUGGAAUGAUAAUGGCAGAGCAUUACCCAACUGGUAUUAUGCAUUUAUGCAUCGGCAUAAAAAAAUUAUCUCUGAUAAAGCCGAUGAAAAGCACCAUAUUAACUUCGCCCGAGAAUGUGCAAAUUGUCCACGACAAAGCUGAUAAAAAGAGAAAAAGCCUCGAAAAAAAGGAGCAAAAUAUCGAAAAUGGAUCACCAUCAAAGCGCACUCGUCGCACAAAAACUGUACUGGCAACAAAAACUCCCUCUGGAUCAUCAGAUGAGGAGAACGUCAACUUCUGCAUUAUUUGUAUCUGCAAUAUGCCUAAAAAACUGAAGAGAAAUAACGUAAUUGCAAUAAAUGCAAUCGGGCUGUUCAUCUAAAGUGUGCAAAUAUGAAAACAGGAUAUUUCACUUGUUCUCAAUGCGAAGCGGCUGAAACUGAUUAAACUUUUUUUCUAUUAUAAUUAAGAACGUAUAUUUUCAUUUUUUCAAAGUUUAAUAAAAAACAUUUAUCAAAAAA